AACGGAUAUUCGUGGAUAGAUAAAAUCACUGGUUUUCGCUCUUUCACUCCGUCCAACAAGUUCCAGCAAACCCCAUCAAGUUCUCAUGACGAGCCUGAGUUUCAAUUCAGCUAGAAUUAGGAACCAUAAACUUCAAUCUCAAAAACCCAUUUCUAACUUCAAAUCUCAAUCAAAACCCAUAAGCAUUCCAUUCUCUUCUCCUAAUUUCUCCACAAACCCACACAUUUCUCACCUCAAACCCUCUAAAUUUCGACUACAUUCCAUCUCUGAAGGUUCAGUCUCUACUAAUGAAUCUUCUGUUUUAACUCCUACGGAAGACGAUAUAGAUGAUGAUCCUACUGCAGAAGUAUGCUAUGUAGACCCAGAAUCUGAUCCUAAUAGUAUCACAGAAUGGGAACUGGAUUUCUGUUCGAGACCCAUUUUGGAUAUCAGAGGAAAGAAGGUUUGGGAACUUGUAGUUUGUGAUAAUACUCUUUCUCUACAAUUUACCAAGUAUUUUCCAAACAAUGUUAUUAAUAGUAUCACUCUAAAAGAUGCAAUGGUUUCGAUUUGUGAUGAAUUGGGCGUUCCUUUGCCAGAAAAAGUACGAUUCUUCAGGUUACAAAUGCAAACAAUUAUAACAAAAGCAUGUAGGGAGCUCGGUAUAAAAUCUAUUCCAAGUAAACGAUGUUUAUCACUACAACUAUGGCUAGAAGAGCGAUAUGAGACGGUGUACAUGUGUCAUCCAGGUUUUCAAGCAAGUUCUAAACCUCUAUUGGCUUUGGAUAAUCCCUUCCCCAUGGAACUUCCUGAAAACCUUUUUGGGGAAAGAUGGGCAUUUGUUCAACUUCCUUUCUCAGCUGUGCAGGAGGAAGCCUCGUCAUUAGAGACAAAGUUUGGAGCAGGUCUAGAUUUAGAUUUAUUAGGGAUUGAAAUUGAUGACAAGACAUUAAUUCCUGGGCUUUCUGUUGCAACCUCACGAGCUAAACCUUUAGCAGCUUGGAUGAAUGGAAUGGAGGUUUGUUCAGUUGAAGCUGACACUGCACGUGCCUGUUUAAUUUUAUCCGUCGGAAUUUCUACCCGCUACGUAUAUGCUACCUACAAGAAAACUAAAGAAAUGACACAAGAAUCUGAAGCUUGGGAAGCUGCAAAGAAGGAAUGUGGAGGAUUGCAUUUUCUUGCAAUACAAGAGAAUUUAGAUUCAGAUGACUGCGUUGGGUUUUGGCUUCUCUUAGACUUACCCCCACCACCUGUUUAAUUUCUUAUAAUUAAACACCCCUCCACACUCGGAAGCAAGAAACAAUAGCUCUAUUAAUGAUGAAUAUGGAGUGUGAAUGCGAAGUAGGAAUCAUAUUUAAAGACACGAUAUUCUGUUGUAAAGCAUAAUGACGAUGAGUAGUCUUGUUUAUUUACCAGUAUUCUAAAAUCUAGAACCGUUUUUGUAUUUGGCAAUCCAGUCUGUUAUGGGAACAACCACAACUCUGUUGCACAAAAAUAUUAAAAUAAGAAGGCACAUAUAGCA